AUGCCCCCAGCGCGCCCUGGAGCCCCCUCACCUUCUCCCCAGCCCGGCUCACUGUGCCCGAGGGCGAGAACGCCACCUUCACCUGCAGCUUCUCCAGCAAGCCCGAGCACUUCGUCCUCAACUGGUACCGCAUGAGCCCCAGCAACCAGACGGUCAAGCUGGCCGCCUUCCCCGAGGACCGCAGCCAGCCUGGCCGGGACCGGCGCUUCCACGUCACGCCGCUGCCCAGCGGGCGACACUUCCACAUGAGCAUCAUAGCCGCCCAGCGCAAUGACAGCGGCGUCUACUUCUGUGGGGCCAUCUACCUGCCCCCCAAGACGCAGAUCAACGAGAGCCGGCCUGCGGAGCUCACGGUGACAGAGGGAGUCCUGGAGCUGCCCACAGAGCGCCCCAGCCCCCCACCCAGGCCCGAAGGCCAGUUACAGGGCCUGGUCACCGGUGUCACAAGCGUCCUGCUGGGGGUUCUGCUGCUGUUCCUGCCAACCUGGGUCCUGGCGGCCGUCUACCUCUGGGCCAGUCGAGAGGGCUGCGCGCGCAGGAGCGAAGACCAGCCUCCGGUGAGCGGCUCCUCCACCGGGCCUGCGUGCACGGUGGACUACGGGGAGCUGGACUUCCAGUGGCGAGAGAAGACCCCGGAGCCCCCGGCCCCCUGUGUCCCGGAGCAGACCGAGUACGCCACCAUCGUCUUCCCAGGCAGGCCGGGCUCCCCAAGCCGCAGGGCUUCUGCAGACAGCCCGCAGGGGCCCCGGCCUCUGAGGACUGAGGACGGACACUGCUCCUGGCCCCUCUGA